AUGUCGCUCGGCCACAACGCCUGGCCCCCGGGCAACAUUAGGCCUCCGGAUGACCUCCAGGAAUCUCCUCGUCCUGUCAAUGGCUUGGUUAAGACUUUAUCGGGCUCCCGGACGCCUCAAAUACGCGGCUCUGUCGGCGCCGAAGGGCAGAACCCCAACUCGACGUCGGAAGCUGAUAUCGCGACCGAGGAAGACCCGCGCAUUGCCCAAUUCCGGGAAUUGUAUCGCCGGAGCGAGGCGAAAAUUAGCCUGCUGUUCUCGGGACAGGAGCUGGAUGAUGACACGGUGGGGGGGCCCGUCACCGAGGAAGUGAAGCCGCCCGAGCCUCACACCGCACGCGUUGAUGACGGCCCACCUUCCACAGCCCCGCGCAAAUCGGCGCGCAAACUGGACGACGACGACUACGAUGAUUAUGACGAGGAUGACGAUAUGGAAGACGACGCUCAAUCCCCAAAAUCCAAGCCCGCCGCCCCACAUGACCCUGCCGGCGUCGCAUCAUUAGCACACCACCCUAGCGCAUCAUCAUCCAGCGGCCCGGAUGAGACCAAAGAGACGAAGAAGGAGACAAUGGAAGAUCUUCGGAAACAACUUGAGGAAGACAAGAAGUCCACCGAGGAGGCUGCCAGGAGAAGCUUCCAUACCAUCUUCUACACCCUUGAGAAUGAUCGAGAUGCGAUGUUGGACCAACAGCGCCUGGAAGAGUCGGAGCGACAAGUGGAGGCAGAGAUAUCUGGACAGGCGAACAUGGGUGGUAACAGUACCCAGGGGGCCUCCAAUGGCUAUAGCUCCCUGAGUAAUACCAACUUGGGAGCUUCCAGCUUGACAUUAAAGAACCUCAUCGCCAGAAUCGACAAGAAACGCGACAGGGUACAGGCGUCGGAUGCCGAGCUGCGCAGCCUGCUGAGCGAAGUUCGGAAGAAUCGCAGUAAAUGGGCAAACGAGGACAAGGUCGGCCAGGAGGAGCUGUAUGAAGCGUGCGAGAAGGUUCUCAGUGAGCUCAAAGCCAUGACCGAGCACUCGACCGCUUUCUUGACCCGCGUCAACAAACGCGAUGCGCCUGACUAUCAUGCUGUCAUCAAGCACCCGAUGGACCUCGGCUCAAUGACCAAAAAGUUGAAGGGACUGCAAUACAGAUCCAAGCAAGACUUCGUCGAUGAUCUCACCUUGAUUUGGGCUAAUUGCCUGAAAUAUAACACAAACUCCGAUCACCCUCUGCGCAAGCAUGCGGUUUACAUGCGCAAGGAGACAGAGAAGCUUGUCCCGCUGAUCCCCGAAAUUGUCAUCAGGGAUCGAGCAGAAGUCGAGGCCGAAGAGCGCCGACUUCAACUUGCCGAACUUGAUGGCGCCGAAGAAAGUGACGAGGAGCCUAUCAUGGCGUCGCGCGGGCGGAAGGCCCCUGGAAAGAAAUCGUCGAAGAAGGGCACCGCACCAUCUCGCAACACUCCCAGCGGCUCCGAGGGUCCUGCUGGUCCCCCCAACACUCAACCGGCUCCUGUUGCUCGGGCAGACUCGGAUGCUAUAGGGGAAGCUGCCCCAAACGGAUUCUGCACACCUCCUCCAGGAUCACACACGCCCUCUGAUCCUGCUGGGCCCGGGGCGAUCGCAAUGGGUAGCCAAGAUGAAGCAAUGGACAUAGAUGGCCCUGGUAUAUCCGCCCCUGUUCUGAGUGCGCUAUCGGUCCCCGGUGGUGUAGAGCUGGAGGACCCAGAAUACAAAGUGUGGAAGCAAGUGACCAAGAAAGACCGUGCGCUUAUUGCGGCCGAGCGGCAUCGUCUCCUUAGAGGAGACAAACUGAAUUCUGAGGAGCCGGCUCUGCUCAGAACCAAGGCUGGAAUGCGUCGCUGGCUUCGUCACCAGAAGCUCGCCACUAUUGAAGCUGACCGGUCUCGCGAUACGGGCUCUCAUGCCAUGGAACCCGAGGUCGCAAGCGAAACACUUGCAGAAGGCAUUGAGGUCGAGGAAGAUCAAAUGGUUCCAUUUUAUUAUGACGUUAUGUCUGGCGUCCCCGACCUGCCUGAACGUCUUCUAUGGAAAGAAGACGGACAGGGCAACGUCGUUGAUGCCUCUGAAGAAUUCUUGAGAAUUCUUCCAAAGGGCCAUUUUGUCCAACCGGAUAGCAAGUUGACGCAGAAGAUGAACGCGAAUAUACGGCAAAUGCAAGAGACUCGCAAGAUCUGCUCGAAAAUCGGCAUCGUGAAGCAGAUGCAGCUUCAGUCCCAGAUGUAUCAAAACCAAUUCCAAAAAUACCAACCUGAACCUUUUGUGGAACAAGAUGCCGAGCCUCAUGUCUUGAAUGACAAUGGCCCCGUCAUAGCUCCCUGGGCGUGCAGAGCAGCUUUGCAGCGCUCCGUCGCCAAGAUUUUCUAUCACACUGGAUUCGAGGAAUAUCAGCCCUCGGCACUCGAGUCUGUGACGGACAUUGCUGCCGACUUCUUUCAGAAGCUCGGGUCAACCGUGAAGUCUUAUAUGGAAACACCAAAAAUGCCUGCCACUGAGAACCAGGAUCCCGCUUCCCCGACAGCCGAGUGGAAACCUGCAUAUACGGAGCCUGAGAUCAUCCUGCACACUUUGUCCUCUGUCGGUGUACACCUUGACGAGUUAGAGCUCUACAUCAAGGAUGAUAUUGAUCGAUUAGGGACCAAGCUCACUGCAGCUCAUAGUCGCCUCAAGUCGCUACUGACUGAACUCCUUCGACCAGCCCUGGAAGGCGGCGAAGAUGGCUCAAAUGCAUUCAAGGAUGGUAGCGAACAAUUCGUUGGCGGUGAUUUCGCCGAAGACAUCGACGAGGAUUUCUUUGGUUUCAAAGAAUUGGGGUUGGACCGGGAGUUCGGUCUCUCCACACUGAGUGUGCCCUUGCAUUUACUCCAGAACCGGAUGUUCAACGCGGCCAAUCCACAGAGCACCACUGUCUCGCAGUCCGUUGAUCUGUUCCCUCCGCCACCGCCCUAUGCCCGCAUCUCAGCAGACAACGUCUCCGACCAAAUCGGACUCUUGCACUCGUUCUUCAAGGGCAAGUUAAACACUAGCCGCAACGAAGCUCUCGUGGAGGACCUCGAACUACCACCCAAGCAGAGGCCCAUGGCUGCCAAAACACGUCUUCCACCUUCUGGCAAAAUCCCCCAGCAGGGUCUCACAGGUCCGACGUCCAGCCCGCAGAAACGCACCGCGUCCUCGACUGCUUCCAAGACCACUACUACAGAGCCAAGCAAGAAGAAAGCCAAGAAAAAUAGCGGAAUUCCUGAAAUGCCCAACUUUAACCCCGAUGGCGAAGGUGAUAGAACCGCAGAUCCAUCCGGCAGUGUUAAUGCACAACUCGACGCACCCGUCGAAGGUGCGGACCCCAUAGCCACGGAAGCGUGA